AUGUAUCUCUUGCCAUUGUUAUUCUCAAAUCUUCAUUUGGGAUUGGAUGCUCUCACCAAUCCGAUAGAUCUCUCCGCUGGAAUUCUCGGUAGAAAUCUUGCUCGAUCGCGAUUAUUUUCUCGCUUCCGUAAUAGUUAUUCUUCGAUCAAUUUUCACGAUCGCGAAGUUUUGGAUUUCUAUCCUUAUAUCUCAUGGAGGAACUUAAAUCGUAACAAACAUGUCAUCAGUACUACAAGUAUCGACAGCGACGGCUUGAAAAUCACCGUAAACGUGCAGCAGUAUAAUCCGGAGGAGAUUACUGUCAAAGUGGUGGACAAUUGGAUGAUUAUCAAGGGCAUACAUGAAAAGCAGAACAAGUCCAACGUUGGGUCCCAACAGUUCGUGAUACGAUAUCUAUUACCUGGUAACACCGACAUCGAUCAUAUAACAUCUUCGACAUCGAGUGAUGGCAUCUUGACGAUCACGGUACCGUUAAAGAUAUAUCAAAAAGUGAUCCAGAUCGAGCAGAGCAGACAAUCGACCGUUUCUUCUAAUAAUACGGGACAGGUUCGUCCGGGACAAAUUGGCACGAAACAGAUUGAUGCUAGACAAGCUGAAUUUGCUGGCGCAGGACAAGCCGGAGUGGACGCGAGUUCUGCUGAUAUGGGAUAGGCUGGCGUUGGGAAAGCUGACGGAAAAAAGCUUGGUGAAAAAUGAAAUUAUUCAAGAAUAAAUGAUAACAACUUAGGCACA